AUGGCGGCUGUCUUGAAGCAUUUCACAAGGCGCAGAUUUUGCAUCGCCUCAACAAGGCAUUUACGGAGAUUUUCUUGCGCUCUUGGGCAAAGGCAUAUGCGACAGCUGUGUACAUCUGUAACGGAUGACGCUGUAGGGAAAGUAAUCACAGAUUCAGAACUAUGGAAUGAGUAUAACACAACGAAAGCCUACUGUGAACAAUUUGCCACAAAUCACUGCAUCAACGUGGAGCCCAAGACCGUCUUUGCCAACAAUGAAGUUGACCUGUCAGACAUUGAAGUGUAUGGUUUUGACUAUGACUACACCCUGGCUUGCUACACUGACCACCUACAUUACCUCAUCUAUAACCAGGCAGUUGAAAACCUAGUGGAGAGAAAAAUGUUUCCCUCAGGAAUAGCAAAUAUGGAGUACUCACCACACUUUGCCAUAAGAGGGUUACACUUCGACACCAGAAAGGGUUACCUAAUGAAGAUUGAUGCAUUUCAACACAUCCAGUUGGGGACAGUUUACAGGGGCAAACAGCCAGUCAGCGAUGAGGAAGUGAGUGCGAGUUACCGAGGAACUCACAUCCCCGAGAGUUUGCUGACACAGGGGCCUAUGAGUCACCCAAUCAAACAGCUGAUGGAUCUUUUUGCAAUACCAGAGAUGGCCCUGCUGGCCAACGUAGCCGAGUUUUUGACAGAAAACGAGAUAGAUUAUGAUCCGGAGUACCUAUUCACGGAUAUUCACAAUGCCGUCAAAGAGGUCCACACCUCAGGAAUUAUGCACAAAAAAGUCGUCGGGAACGUUGGAAAGUAUUUGGAGACGGGGACCGGAAUUCCAGAGUACAUCAAGACAUUACACGAUGCAGGAAAGCAGCUCUUUCUGAUGACAAACAGCCAGUUCAACUUUGUAGAUGAAGGCAUGAAGUUCUUACUAGGUCCCGACUGGAUCGAUCUGUUUGAUGUUAUCAUCACGCAAGCACGGAAGCCUCUCUUCUUCCAUGACACGACAAGACCUUUUCGCUUCAUCUACCGAAAGACUGGCAUGCCGUCAUGGGCCCGUGUCACUAAAUUGAGGAAAGGCAAAAUCUACCUUCAGGGAAAUAUGGAACAGUUUAAAGAAUUAACUCAGUGGGAUCCGUCCACGGUACUGUAUUUCGGCGACCACGUCUACAGUGACCUCGUUGACCCUUGUCUGAAGAAUGGAUGGAGGACGGGGGGUGUCAUCCCUGAACUUGACGAUGAAAUAGCCAUCUGCAACUCGGUCCCAUUCAAGCAGGCAGUGACGUGGCUGGUUCUGCUUCAAGAGCUCAUUCAGAAACACCAGGUUCACACAGAUCCUGGUUGCCAGGCAGUGGUACAGGAAUGGCUGAGAGAAAGGAACCAAGUCAGGAAAACAACCAAGACGUUAUUCAACCCGCAGUUUGGCAGCAUCUUCCGCACUUUCCACAAUCCAUCCUAUUUCACCUCCCGCCUGUGUCGCUUUGCUGACAUCUACAUGUCCUGCCUGGGCAACCUCAACUCCUACUCCCUAAACCACACCUUCUACCCCCGCCGCUCGGCCCUGCCCCACGAGCUCAGCUUCAGCAACGUCCUGCAGCUGUGAUGCCGAGGGAGACAGUGUCAGUUUUUUUUAGCACGAAAAAACAACCAGAGCGCAAUCCCUUGCCGAUGUUCAGAAUGGGCCCCGUCCCAGGACCUCAGGCUGAUUUCACAGUGCAGAAAUUUGCUACAUGUGCUGUUGGCGUUCUCUUGCAGGUGAAUAGCAGGUACCUUCACCAAGCCGGUUUUGAAGACAAUUUAUCUCUUUCAUAGAAGUACAUGUUCACAUCAGUUCCAGUUGUACAGCAUGGCCUUGAAUAAUUGCAUGAUCAAAAUGGCAGCUCUGGAGCCUACAGCACUCACUGUACAAUUAUUUCUGCUCGUUCAUCGGUAACAGUUCUUAUAAUGCACAAUAGAGGGCUGAAGUUUUUCCCUCGUGUGUGGUUUCCAUGGCAUCUAUCCACCGUUUCCUUGCUCCAUUGGUGCUAAUCUUUGGAAAGUUCAAGCAUAUGAAUCAAACGGCAGGUUACCUUUUUUUAACCCACCUUGUCUCUUAAUGGAGACUGUUGUGAUGAAGAACUUGAAAAGUUGUGUAGCCAAUUUCUUCAUUUUGGGGAAGCAGAAAAUUUUUUUUAGAAAAAUCUGAAAUACUGACAGCAGAUGUUUUCUUUGGGUGGGUAAUUCAGUACUUAAAUAUGUAAUCUUUAUGAAGAUAUAAGCUUCUCAAGUAUAGUAUGGCGUUGCAGUUCACUGUCUUAUCGGAAUCUGUUAUGCUUAACAAGGAUUUCAAAAACUUCUGCAACUUCACUCUGUAAACAGGCAGCCCUUGUAAUUCAUUAUGAAUUGAGGAAUAAUUCAAUCCUUCCAUAAAAAUUAAUGGUUGGCUUCCAUAUAAUUUGUUUAAGAAGAAUUGAAACAUAUGUGUACAGUGUACCUUUAAUGAGUAUUGUUGAAGCAAGAUGCUGUGUUAUAUUCAGUUCGUAAACCUACAUGGAACAGUACUGACGACCCUCCCUCACUGCAGUGUGCAUGGAUGCAACUUCUAGUUAUAAACAAAAUAGUUCAUUCCUAGUAUCAGGAAUUGUUUACUCUCUGAGAUGAUAAAUAGGCCGACGAUUCCACUGUGAACUCAUUAUAUUAUUCCUUCACGUUCGUCAUGGAGGAUUCCCCAUGCUUUCGUAGAGUUUUAUUCCUGCCAAGAAAUUGAUUUGAAGUUCUAUGAAAAGUCUAACUUUACUUUGCGUGUUUUUAAAGUUUAACAUUCGGUAUCGACUUCAGUUUGUUUGGGAAUUUAUUUUAUGCGGUUUACAUGGUCACUCUGAACAUGUAUGCUUUUCUUCCAGAACUCUUCAAUAUAUUGUGCAAUAAGAUGUUUUCAAAAACGAUUUUUUUUAAAAACUCGGUUUGGGAACUUAGUAAACUCGAGUUGUUUUAUGCAGUGAAAAAAUAUGUUGUUUGUCAUAAUAUCUGUGUUCAGAGGUUCGUGCCAUAUAAGAAGGAAAUGGAUUGUAUAUUUAUGAA